GAAACCUUUCGUCUAAAGUUGGUCGUUGAACUUUGUCUUGGUCUGCUCUUCCAACAUGGGCUUUGUUUUGGUUUUUCCACUGAUGCUCGCCCUGCUCUUCACCGGACAGAGUGAUGCUGAGGCGACAAAAGAUCUAGGGAGCAAUUCAUGUUAUAAAAUGUGCCCACCUGGUCAUGAGGUGAAAAUAAAAAACUGCACCUUUAAUAGUAAUGUGGUAUGUGAUUGUCAAGAGGGAUACUACUAUGAAGGCCCUUCCCGCAGCGAAAGGUAUUGCCGGUCGUGCAACUGUAAAAACUGUAAAGCGCCUGCCGGUAAUGAUCCUGACUACAAAAGGAAAUGCCAGUCUUGCCAAAGGAAGGAGUGUUUGGAGGUCCCAGAAUGCAAGAGGAAAUGUGCAGUGAUUGCAUUUACAUAUUCUACAAAUUUAUCUAUGAUUUCAACCACAUCUACAUUUGCAUCUGCAUCUGCAUCUACAUCUAAAGCUACAUCUACAAGAACCACGUCUUCAAACAACACAUCGGAUCCUAUUAUAUAUCGAAUUCCACCUAACUCAAAUGAAAUGCCCUGGCUGAUUCUCGUGGUGUUUCUGGUGACACUUCUGGUGACAUUUCUAGUGUUGUCUUUGGUCCUGCUGCUCUGCGCCAAGAACCCAUUCGGAUUCCCAGACAGUUGUCUCUGCUGGAGAGAGAACAAAGAUGUGGAGCCGCCUGUCGAGGACCCCAAAUUCAAUGAACAAAGCCGUCAUCAAGGCAGCGGCCUGAACAUGCUGACAUUAACCAUAUGUGAGGAAACUCCCAUGAUGACUCAAAGUCCAGCCACACCAGGAGAUCCAGCCCACAUCACGCUUCCACUACCAGACACUGAACACGAAGCCACCAGACAAGAUGAACCAUCAGAGCACUGGCCGGCCAUCGUCCUCUACGCAAUAAUCAAGGAGGUGCCCUUGCGCAGGUGGAAGGAAUUCUUACGUCUGCUCUCGGUGACUGAUCAGGAGCUGGAGCGGGCAGAGUUGGAGGCCAGUUUUUGCUUGGGCUCAAUGGAAAGGCAGUACCAGAUGCUGAGGCUGUGGAGCCAGCGCCCCUCUGUGAGCCUGGAUGACGUCUUUUCAGCAUUGCACUACAUGGAUUUAUCAGGCUGUGCCCAGCUGCUGCAGGAAAGCCUGGAGAAGCUGCAGUGGAGGCCUGAACUGAAGCAAGGUGUCAGUGCAGCAAUGCAGGACACCUGAGGCCGCACCCGAGGACACAAGCAGCAUACUGUCAUACAGUUAGAGACAUCAGUGCUUCAACCGUGGAUGCCAGUGCCUGGAAAAGAUGUUAUUGACUGUAGCUACUUGAUGGUACAACCACAGAAAACUGCAGUAAUGUCACAAAUGACUCAUACUGAGUAAUGCAGAUGUAGGCUAUAGUGUAAUGUACAGACAGGUUACACGUGAGAGGAAAAACCCAAAUAAAGGAGCAGAGAAACCUAACAAACGCUGGCUACGGGGAUAUUUUGCUGGCAUGGUUUUGGUAUACUUGUCCCCUUAAGGCGCAGACACACCAAACUGGCAUCAAAGUGAUGACAAAGGUCAACUGUUGCCUCGCUUCACAUCGCCUCUGUCUAGGCCAAAAAGUUGCAACUGAACACACUGCAAAGACUAUAGCCAACGGCCAACUAGCACAUUUGAUCUGCGCCUGCGUGAAAUAAUUCUCCUUACCAACAGGUGGCUGUGGUCUGUAUUCAUCAUUCAAAAAGAGAAACUGAAAUACCGACAGGACAGACUCAAGAUGCUAACUAGCUAGUUAGCAGGAGAACAAAGGAUUUUUAACAAUAACAACUAUGAACAGUUUCUUCUAAAGAGCUAAGUGGUUAUUAACAUAGCCCUACCUAAUAUAACAAGUUUGUUUUGAUCUCAGGACCUCUUAACUUUAGUCAUUUGUUU